AUGCUUGACCGCCAGCUUAACAGAAACAGGGUGACAGACAGAAGGGAGAGUCACAAAACAGAAAUCUUAACUUAUGUCCUUGUUUUCUCCUCUGCCCUCCUCCCUUGUUCUUCUUCAAAGGUUGAAAAAAAUGAGGACGGGGACCAAAAGAUUGAGCAAGAUGGCAUCAAACCAGAAGAUAAAGCUCAUAAGGCAGCCACCAAAAUCCAGGCCAGCUUCCGCGGACACAUAACAAGGAAAAAGCUCAAGGGGGAGAAGAAGGGAGAUGCCCCGGCAUCUGAGACUGAUGCCGCCGACAAGAAGGAAGAAGGCCCUGCUGGCGGAGCGGCCGAGAACAAAGAGAGCGAGGCUCCCACUGCCACAGAAGCGGCCGCCGCUGACAGUGCCCAGCUGGAGGAGGGCAGCAAAGACAGCAGCGUGCCAGUGGAGGAGAAAAAAGGGGAUGGAGCCGCCGACACGGGCUCAGAGCAGCCAGCCCCGCAGGCUGCCACUCCUGCUGCCCCCUUGGAGGAAAAGCCCGCCGCUGCCGCUGAAACGGAAAGUGCCACUAAAGCUUCCACUGAUAACUCGCCGUCCUUGAAGGCUGACGAAGCCCAAGACAAAGAGGAGCCUAAACAAGCCGAUGUGCCUGCUGCUGACACCACUGCCACCACCACCCCUGCUGCAGAGGAUGCUACUGCCAAGGCAACAGCGCAACCCCAAAUGGAGACAGUGGAGAGCAGUCAAACCGAAGAGAAGACAGAUGCUGUAGAAGAAACCAAACCUACUGAAAGUGCCCAGCAGGAAGAGGUGAAAGAAGAAGAGAGCAAGGCGGACCAAGAAAAUGCCUGA